CUUAUCGGUAUCGUUAUCGCGCUGAAUGUAGAUAAAUGCAGAUAAAUAUAGAUAACAUAAGCGGUUAAUUAAAUGUCCUCCUACAAGAUAGAAUUUCAUACGUUCAUCCAUCCGUAUUCAUACAGACGCGAGCGCUGGGCUCUGUUCGCUCAUAUUCGCCAAAAAUGGUCCCAUCAAUUGAACGUCGGUACGUGCAAGGAUACGAGAAGUUUCUUGAGAUUACAAACUUAGAAAGUUCAGAACAGCCGAAUUAUGUUUUGUUCACCGGUACGAAGUUACCUGACACCGGCAAGAGUUGGUGCUCGGAUUGUGUAGAAGCUGAACCAUUUAUUGAAGCUGGUUUCGCAGAUGCAUCUCAGGGUACAAUAUUAUUAACAGUAGAGGUCGGGGACAGGGCAUUCUGGAAAGAUCCAAAUUGUCCAUUCAGAACAGAUCGUUGUACCAGGUUGAAGGUCUUGCCGACUUUAAUUAAAUGGAGAACUGAAAAACGUUUAGAGGGAUCCAUUUUACAUAAUUGGUGCCGCUGAUGUUGGUGGUAACAUACGUACGGAAUAAUGAACCUUCUUAUUCCUUAGAAUACUGUAGGUAUUGUCAAAAACGACG